CGUGGACGUCUGCUCUUCCUGACGUCAGGAGAAGUCUGAGCGCACUCAGCGCUGCGCACAAGCACAGUAACCACAUCGCUCCCAGAGGAAAGGAGAGCACAGCGCAGCUACAGAUCGCCAUUUAGUAGCUUUAGUGUGGCGAAUCCGAUCAGCAUUGUAGGAUGCCUCUUGGAGAGGAUGGAAAUGGAUGGAAAAAGAAGACAUCAGACAUCAAAGAAUAUUAUGACUUCAAAGAAGUGCUGGGAACUGGUGCUUUCUCGGAGGUGGUUCUAGCAGAGGAGAAGAGGACUCAGAGGCUGGUGGCCAUCAAAUGCAUCCCCAAGAAAGCACUGGAAGGCAAAGAGAACAACAUUGAAAAUGAGAUUGCAGUCCUGCACAGAAUCAAGCACCCCAAUAUUGUUACGCUGGAGGAUAUCUUUGAAAGUUCAUCCCACCUAUAUCUUGUCAUGCAACUGGUAUCAGGUGGUGAGUUGUUUGACCGGAUUGUGGAGAAAGGAUUUUACACCGAGAGAGAUGCCAGCCAGCUCAUCCGCCAAAUCUUAGAUGCUGUCAAAUAUCUUCACGAUAUGGGGAUCGUCCACAGAGACUUGAAGCCAGAGAAUUUGCUGUAUUACAGCAUGGACGAAGACUCCAAGAUUAUGAUCAGUGACUUCGGCCUGUCAAAGAUCGAGGGAUCGGGCAGCGUCAUGUCCACAGCGUGCGGUACUCCUGGUUAUGUGGCCCCUGAGGUGCUCGCUCAGAAGCCGUACAGUAAAGCAGUGGAUUGCUGGUCCAUAGGAGUUAUUUCUUACAUUCUGUUAUGUGGAUACCCUCCGUUUUACGACGAAAAUGACGCAAAGUUAUUUGAGCAGAUUCUGAAGGCAGAGUAUGAAUUUGAUUCUCCGUACUGGGAUGACAUCUCAGAUUCAGCCAAAGACUUCAUUUGCCACAUGAUGGAAAAAGAACCUCUAAAAAGAUAUACAUGUGAGCAGGCCCUCCAGCAUCCGUGGAUAUGUGGUGACACAGCUCUGGAUAAGAAUAUCCAUGAAUCCGUCAGCGCACAAAUUAAGAAGAACUUUGCCAAAAGUAAAUGGAAGCAAGCGUUUAAUGCCACAGCGGUGGUGCGCCACAUGCGGAGGCUGCAGCUGGGCACUAGUCUCGAGGGAACCAGUCAGAUUACUCCCACCAGUCCCUGCCAUGGACAUCUGCUCCCAGAGGAGGUGGAGGAAGAGGAGGACGAACUGGAAAACGAGGAGGAGGAGAGCCUGUCCCACUAUGAGGAUGGUCGCCGCGGAAGCAACGAGGGGAGCGCAGAUCGGGACAGCUUAAGAAGUUGCACCUACUGCUGCAGGCCAACUAGUCGCAUUUGAGCGCAGCCUCCUUUUGUCAUGGUGAUGUUGUAUCCCUGGAGCGCCCAGAGCCCCGUCUGCCCAGUCUGCCCAGUCUGGCCAGGAAUGCAGAGCAGAUAUCAGGCAGUGUCAAACAGAGUGCAUCAUCCACAGCCUACAGGCCCCUUUACAGUGCAAACUAGACUGUAAGUCUUUGUUUAAAAAAAAAAAAAAAAACCCUACAAACGAUAUCACGACUAAAGACACACUAGUUUUAAUUUUCUCCUAAUAGGGUAAGCAAGGCUGCUUCAAGCAUGCAGAUGGCAAUUUAUUAUAAAACGGUCUGACUGUAAGAUUACCCGCAACAAACCCUCCCAUUAAUGAGCGUGGCCAUUUGUGGUUUACAAAGUUAGCUUCAGGAAAGAUCUGAGCUCCAACAGUUUUAAUCAAAGAUGAGGCCUAAAAGCUGUGUCUUCUGUUGUUUAUUUAUCUCCCCCACCCCCCAUUAUCUGUCACAUCUACCUCUAAUCAUCAUAACUGUGUGUCAAAAUCCAUCUGGCCAACACGGACCACAUUUUUGGCAGCUUUCUCCAAAUUCUGGUCAGACCGGGCACAGAAUAAUAGUAAGAAAUACAUGCUUUUAAAAGGGAACUAGUGCUGAAGCUUAUCCUUGCUACACAUCUUUACCCAGUAAUGUGAUUCCAGCCACCAAUAACGUAGUUAAACAUUAAUACUUUCUCAAGGUGUGUCUGUAGUGCCAUUUCUGUCUUUCAUCAUCGGAUGUUUCUGUUUUUUAUUUUACUGGUGUUUAUUCUUCAUGUUUGAAGCCUUUUAGAAGCUGAGAUGCUUGAAAGCGGGUCAUGGACUCUAUAUUCUGGCUCAGACUGGGUUUGUAAAGGGUCGUUCCAAAGUGAAGUUGCUGCAUGCUUCCUGUUGGGGAAAACAUUGAAAUGUAUGAAUAUCAAAAGGAGACUCUUUUUUUCCGUUUGUUUGUUUGUUUUAUGGCUGUUCUGUUAUCAGAGGCUCAAACUGAGAUCCCCACAUCCACAGGCUCUCAUCUUUUCAGGAGGGUUUUUUAUUUGUAUUUUUUUUUAUUUUUUUUUUAUAAGAGGCACAGUUAUAUUAAUCCAAUCUGUGUGGGAAGAACAUGAUCAUACCAUGCUCAUCCUCCCUGUUCUGUCGCUGACUAAAUAUCCGCCAGCUGUCAGUCUCUGGCUCUGGCUCAGGUCCGACUCAGACUGGACCGGGGAGGGUGGA